AUGGAGCUGGAAAACGGCCGUCGAGUGAUGGUUAUAAACAAAGCGAUGAUGGAGAUUAUGGGGCGAUCGAGACAGGCGGAACCAAUCAAACGGCACGACGACGAAGGUCAUCAGGGGCUGAUUGUGGUCUCUCGUCUAAGUGCGACCAUGUUGGAUGUCGUGCUUUGUGCUUACGCCAACCCUCCUACGUACCCUGAUGUUUGUAUGCCCAGGUAG